CUCCUGCUCCUCUUUAGUGACCUUGAGGUGUCCUGCAGGGUAUAUAACCUCAUCUCGAAGGGAACGACCUCACACUGUCCUGCCGAGGAUCAGGGUGAUUUCGCCGUCCUUCGAGCGAGAGAAGAGCUGUGGUGGUCUUCGCAAUAAACAGCCAUGAAUAGGAACUUCGUGAGCCUGGCCGUGGCGUCCCUGUUGGCCCUGGGCGCCAUCUCGCCGCCGGAGACCGAGGCCGCAGCCGUCGCCGAGCCCGAGCCUUGUUGUGGUCGCUUCGCCGCCGGUGCGCUCGGCUUCGCUGGGGGCUACCUCAUAGGCCACCACCGCCAUGGAUGUGGAGGAUGUGGCGGAGGAUGCGGAUGGUGCGGAGGUGGAUGGUAUGGGCGCAAGAGGAGGAGUCUCGAUGAGGUGAUGGAUGAGGACACCUUGGAAGAGAUGUACUGGAAGAUCGCGUCGAAGGACAGCGACCAGUGCGGCCUCCGCCUGGUGUGCGAGCUGGCGCAGAAGGACCCGCGGGAGCUGGACGACGACGAGAUCGUGGUCCUGCUGCCCUACAGAGGGCGCGAGGAGAGCGACGAGGCCACCUCCUUCGGCAAAUACGACAAGGCGGUGUGGCACGGGCAGGAGGGCAACCCUUGCCACAAGAUCUACCCUCUGUGCGUCUUCCCCAACGCGGAGAUCAUGCUGCACCUCCGGGCCAACCGCACCCUGGCGUUGGACUAAGCUCUGUGGCCCCGUGGAAGGGCUGGAAAGGUCGCUGGUUGAUGACGCUUUCAUCUGUUCCUUCGGCGAAAUUGCUUUCUGCUCUCUUUCAUUUUGGAUUUGAUCUGAGAGCAUUGUCCUUUAGAAAUGAUUUGUUAUAAUUCUCUUUUUUCCGUCUUCUGUUUUGUUUGAAUAAAUUUCUGCAUUUGAAA